CUCUUCCCCUCCUCCAGCGGCGCAGGCCCCAUUUCUAUUCCAGCCAAACAUAAGACAGGAAAGCGGCGGCAGAGGCGUCUCUUUGCUUUUCUCCCGCCUCUUUGCCCUCUUCCACGAUCUCUUCAGCCUACGUUUGGAGCUUUUACUGACGGCUCUUUCCCUGGCUUCUGCUUCUUCAAUGACUCUCCGUUGCCGGCCUCCCUUCUCUCUCUCUCCCUUCACUUCGGGCAUGUCCUCCUUCUCUUUCCUCCUUCUCCCCGUCCUAAGCCUGGGCAGCUGCCUCUUCUCUCCAGGGUCAAGCCAGCUGACCCCUUAUGACUUGCUCUAUGCUGACGGGGCGCGGGCGUAUUUUGCUCAGGACUGGCCUCGGGCUGCAGAACUCCUGCAGCGCUCCCUGCACAGUUACUCUCAGCUGCUGGACGCUCGCCGAGCGUGCCAGGGCAGAUGCCAGGGCGAGGCCAGCUUUGGGGGUCGGCCGCCUUCCGACCCUUGGGAAACCGGCUUCUUUGACCGGGUACUGCAGCGGGCAGAGUGUCUGGAGGAGUGCCUGGAACGCAGGCUGGGUGGGCAGCCGUCCCGUCACAGAGCCACCAGAGAGAUCCAGCAGGACUUCCAGGAAAGGGAACCCUACAACUACUUGCAAGUUGCCUUCUUCAAGCUAAAGAAACUCGAUGAAGCAGUUUCCUCAGCUUACACAUUCUUCAUGGCCAAUCCACAGCACCUACAAAUGCGUGAGGACAUGGAGAAAUACCGGCGCAUGUCAGGGGUGAAAUCGGAAAGCUUUCGGGAUCUUGAGGCCAUGCCACACUGGGUGGCAUAUGAAGCAGGAAUUCAUCAUUACAGUAUGGAUAACUAUGAGCAGGUGGUGACGAGGCUGGAGGAAUCGCUCAAAGAAGGGCUGCUGGCACUGGAGGACUGCAGAGCCCUUUGUGAAAGGCCCCAAGAGGAUGAGGAAAAAGAGGAGGAGAUGCAGCUUGGCCUCUAUGAAGCCAUCGCAGCUCACUACAUCCAGGUCCUGAAGUGCAGACAGAAGUGUGUCCUUGACAUUGCCACCAAGCCAGGGAGGGUGUCUUCCACAGAAGACUUCAUCCCAUCUCAUUUUGAUUUGCUACAGUUUGCCUAUAGAAGAGCUGGGAAUCAGGCCAUUGCUGCUGAAUGUGCAGCCACCUACUUGCUGUUCUAUCCAUCAGAUGAGGUGAUGCUGGAGAAGUUGACGCAAUAUCAAGCAGAGCUAGGAGAAGAAAUUCCUGUUGCAGCCAGAGAGAUUAUCCACCGUUAUAUUCAGAGGUCUCUUAUGGAGAAGAAACUCAUUUACUAUGCAGUGGAACACCUUGGGGAAACUUUUAAUGACCCUGAUUCGUGGACUCCUGAGGAACUGAUUCCUGAAAACAUGAAGGAAAAACGCAAAGAAGAUCAGGAGAAGCAAAGGCUGAAAGCCCCAGAUCUGGGACAGCAGGAGCGGAGUGAACCACUGGCCUUUGAGGGCAUCACUAUCACCAUGGAUUCCCAACAACUCAAUGGAACCCAGAGGGUCGUUUUGGACAGAGUCCUGACUGAAUCUGAAUGCAAAGACAUCCUCCGCCUGGCCAAGGCAGCUGGAGGAACCGAAAGCGGCUAUCGUGGCAGGCGUUCCCCUCACACCCCACAUGAGAGAUUUGAAGGAUUAACAGUGUUAAAGGCUUUGCAGCUGGCUGAGGAGAAUGCUGUGAACUGGAGGGAUGCUAAACUUCUUCUGAAAGCCAGUGAGAAAUCUCGGAAAAUUGUGGAAUCCUAUUUCACUCCUGGGAAAGACCUCUAUUUUUCAUUCACGCAUCUUGUGUGUCGCACAGCUGCAGAGGGAGACCAGGAAGGUCGUAUGGACCUCAGCCACCCAGUCCAUGCUGAUAAUUGCCUCUUGGAUCCAGAGGGGAACACAUGUUGGAGGGAGCCCCCUGCCUACAUGUACAGAGACUAUAGUGCAAUCCUGUACCUGAAUGAUGAAUUCCAGGGGGGAAACCUCUUUUUCACUGAGACAGAUGCUGUGACUGUUACAGCCCAGGUGCGUCCUAAAUGUGGAAGGCUGGUAGCUUUCAGCUCUGGUGGGGAGAACCCCCAUGGUGUGUGGGCAGUGACCCGGGGGAAGCGUUGUGCCAUUGCUCUCUGGUACACCCUCUCUCCAGAGCAUGCAGAGCAGGAGCGGGCCCAUGCAGAAGAGUUAAUGAGACAGAAGGAGAAGGAACAGGAACAGCCAUAUUCAGAUGAUGAGGAGGAUACAGGCACUGAACGCAACAGUGCAGAUUCACCAGAGCCCCCUGCUUCUAAGGGAAGAGCCAGAUCCACUAGCCAAAGGACCAGAUCAAACUCCAAGGCUGGGGUGCAGGCCAUAGGGCUGCGAGUCAGAGAUGAGUUCUGAGCACGUGGGACACAUACUAGCCUUGCAGCAAUUGUAGUAGCUCCCACAAGUUAAUGACUUUGGGAAUGUUUGUCACUGUUAGCCUUUCUGCAAUGUGCUAAGGAAGUCUGCCUUGCUUCUUCAUGACAUCACAAGAAAUUACGUCAGAAGGUGACUUUGGGCCAUGUUAGCCUGUGAAUCGUUUUGUCCCAGCUAGGAUGUACUCACAAGCUGCCACUCUCUCAUCUCAGCUGUAGUCUCUCAUCUAAAUAUGGGAGUGGUAAUACUAACCUACCUUACUGGACUGUUGUAAGGAUGACUGAGAUAAUAUGAAAAGUGCUUUGAACAUUUCCAAGUGCUAUAUAAAUAUUAAAUACCAUUCU